AUGUUCUCCGCGACAGCGCAUGUUGGACCCACAAGCAACGGUAAUGACGAACAUUGUCGGUUCCUCGGUUUAGCGGAACAUGUCCGUGCUGAUUCCAUGGUUCUGGGGUGGAUUCCUUACAGUUUCCCAUCACCUGCUCUGCUGAACCUUACACUACAAAUAUUCCGCAAAUCGAUACCAACCAAAAGUUCAGGGUUCUGCGUCGCGACAUGCGAUGUGGGUCAGACGCUGGUAAACGCACAAUAUGAGACACAUAUCACGGGCCAAAAAAGUACAUGGAUGGGUAUUCUCUGGGACGCAACUUGGACCGAUAAUGGCCCCGAAUUUGCAGCCAGAAGCUGA